AUGGAUGAGGUACGACCAAUAAAAAGAAAAAGACGUCAACGCGGUAUUGUUGCAUUCAAGAAAAAUUAUCGUCCUGAAGAGUAUAAUGUUAAGUUCAAUGAGAAUAAUAUCCCAAAUGGUGGCAUGUCAACCCAAUUUAUGUCUUGGUUUGGCAUGAAUGUUCAACAAAGGUUUCCAAUAGAUGAAGAUCCGGGUAAAGUUAAAGAUAAAUAUUUUAACGAUUUAUGGUUGGAAGCCAAGGCAAAAAGUGCAAAAGCUAAAGGAAAUAGUGCUAAAAAGAAAUCCCAAAACCGCGUAGGACGAGGAACGAGAAGAGACUUUUGGGGCCCGAGCACGGGGGGAUCACAGACAGUAUCCAAUAUCAUUGGGCCUACUAAGGUUAUGACAACAUGUCAUUUGCUAUUAAAAGUUGCUGAUACUGAGUUGAAAGUAGCUUAUGGUAUGGCAUGGCCAACCUCAGAAACGGUUAUACAUUCAAAACCAGUAAAUGAAGGUUGUGUUAAAGUUCAGGUUGAUGAGAUCAUAGAAAUAUAUGAGAACUUGCUUGUGCAUGUCGUAACACGAACGGAUGAAGUUGAAUUUGUUAAACAUCUGCUUCAUACCAUCGUUCAAUGGCCGAGAUAUGCAUUAAAGUUUGAGGAAAACCACUUUCCUUAUCAUCAUCAAAUGGAUGCUAAUGAACCUUUUCAAGGUGGUUUAGGUGGUUUAGUUGAUAUGUUUUGGAAAAAGAAGAUGUUUGUUUUGCCUGAUAAACUUAAAGAUAUGGUCUUAGAAAUGAUAUCACAUUUGAUUGAAAUGGUGAUUGAUAGUCGGAAAAGAACUCAUUGUGAUGAUGCACGCCGAUCCCUAAUCAAAUGGGUAAAGAAAUCAUCAAAAGAAGAAAUUCGAGAUAAGAUUAUUGAUUCUGAUCUAAGGAAACAAAUGGAACUUCCUUCUUUUGACAAGUUCGUAAAAUUGGCAUUACAAUGUGUGGAAAGAGAGCCGAAACGUCGCCCGUCAAUGGAUUUCGUUGUGAGAACGCUUGAAUCUGCACUCAAAUGUCAAGAAAAAAGAAGAUUGUCGAAGAUCAAAAGAGCUUCAGGUGUCCUGUUGGGCAUUGUUGUUGCCACUGUGCUCCUUUAGUCUAGGGGUCAUGCUAGCGUUUUUGUUUUAGACUUUUAGUAAUAUUAUCAUCGGUUUAACAAUCCUGUUUUGGCAUUAAUUAGCUCUUUCAACCAUGUAAAAUGCGGUUUGAUCGAUCAGGCCUCACACUGACGUUUUGGGGGCAUUUUAGGCUUCAUAUGCAAUUUAUAAAAUUUAGGUCUUUAUAUAUACUGGUGUAAUUAAAAAGGAGCCAAAAAACCCGAGUCUUGUAUUCGCAUCACAAUCGUUCCAGCCUUUGUUCUAACAC